UUUAAUAUUGAAUCGACUGCGUUUGAAUUCGGCCGCAGCAGGAUUUGAAAUUAACCCACAACAGGAUCAGCCACAAUUUUCGCAAGGAAAACGCAGUCAGCAAAAUUGCGAAAGGAAAUUCAAAUCAAAAUUGAAAAUAAUUAAAUUGCAAUCAUUUACUGCAAAACGUGCCUCGAAACCUCAGCUACAAAGACAACUGCAACUCGCAAGCUUUAAUCAAAGCUCACCCCACAAGCAUUUACGUAACUUCAGAUAAUUGAUGCAAUUACCAAUCACACACACAUACACGCACACACACACACAGAAGGAAAGUGCAGUUAAAGCUUUGAAGCCGCGCUGGAUGCCAGAGAACAGACGAUAAGCGAUCGCAAACUUUCGAAAGCUCCAAAGCUUUAAACCACACGAAGUACACGCCCAACGAGCGCAGCGCACUGCAACGCGCCAGACAGGGAGAGACUGUGCAUAAUAACUGCAGCAGCCGAAAAGCGAACCGAACGGCGUGCGUCUUGUGCGCUCGUAACUUGUUCGGCCAGCUCUCGGAGCGACGCUUCGUGCACUUCCUGCGCCGCAGCCCCCAGCAACAAGCAGCGGCAGAGCCAGAGCCGCCGAACGGCGACAACGAGAUCAGUUCGUUAGCGAAUGCAACGCUGAUUGCAAUUGACGCUGGCUGCAUUUUACGCAGCGAAAAGUGAAAGAGACGCAGCAGUCGAGACAGAGAGAGAGAGAGAGAGAGGGAGAGCGCGCGCAACGUAAGAUCAUCAAACAUCACUCGCUCUACUGUACGCCGGUCACUCAGCAUCUGCAACUCGGCAGUCCCCAAGCAAUCGGAACGGGGGGAAAUUAAAAACGAUUUUUGCUGCGGCUCGUUGCGUUUCUGUUUUACACUUUUUUUUUUGCUCGUGCAAAAAAGAAAACAACUUGAAAGACACGUAAAUGAGUGUAGUUUGUGUUUUAGUGCUACAUAUACAAAAUAUAAUAUAAUAUACAUAACGACUAUUGUGGCAGUUACUUGGAUUAAAUAUCUACACCUGCAGCAGCCAAUUGGAUACUCUACACAUUUGGAUACUCAACACAUAAGCAGCUACGCGGCUACAGAUAAAAAAAAAUUCGCUUGAAAAUGGCGGAAGGAAAUGGCGAACUUUUAGAUGACAUUAACCAGAAAGCCGAUGACCGUGGCGAUGGCGAACGUACAGAGGAUUAUCCCAAGCUGCUGGAGUACGGUCUGGACAAGAAGGUCGCCGGCAAACUGGAUGAAAUCUACAAAACUGGCAAACUUGCCCACGCCGAGCUGGAUGAGCGCGCGCUGGACGCGCUCAAGGAGUUUCCCGUUGAUGGUGCCUUGAAUGUGCUUAGUCAGUUCCUCGAGUCAAAUUUGGAGCAUGUGUCAAAUAAGUCUGCCUACUUGUGUGGGGUCAUGAAAACCUAUCGUCAAAAGAGUCGCGCCAGUCAGCAAGGUGUGCCCGCAACCGCCAGCUCUAUACAGGUAAAGGGGCCGGAUGAAGAGAAGAUCAAAAAGAUACUGGAGCGUACUGGCUACACAUUGGACGUGACCACAGGACAACGCAAAUACGGCGGGCCGCCACCCAACUGGGAGGGCAAUGUGCCCGGCAAUGGCUGCGAAGUUUUCUGUGGCAAAAUACCCAAGGAUAUGUUUGAGGACGAGCUAAUACCGCUAUUCGAGAAUUGCGGCACCAUUUGGGACCUUAGACUCAUGAUGGACCCCAUGACUGGUACAAAUCGUGGCUACGCAUUUGUCACAUUCACAAAUCGCGAGGCAGCCGUCAAUGCUGUGCGACAGCUCGAUAAUCACGAAAUAAAACCCGGCAAGUGUCUGAAAAUAAAUAUAAGCGUACCGAAUCUGCGCCUCUUCGUAGGCAAUAUACCCAAGUCAAAAGGCAAAGAUGAAAUUUUAGAGGAAUUUGGUAAACUUACAGCUGGCCUCUACGAGGUAAUCAUCUACAGCUCGCCAGAUGACAAGAAAAAGAAUCGCGGUUUUUGUUUUCUCGAAUACGAUUCACACAAGGCGGCUUCUUUGGCCAAACGAAGACUUGGCACUGGUAGAAUUAAGGUUUGGGGAUGUGAUAUUAUAGUCGAUUGGGCUGAUCCACAGGAGGAGCCGGAUGAACAAACAAUGUCCAAGGUUAAAGUGCUCUACGUGCGAAAUCUGACGCAAGACGUUACAGAGGAUAAACUGAAGGAACAAUUCGAGCAAUAUGGCAAAGUGGAACGCGUUAAGAAGAUUAAAGACUAUGCCUUUAUACAUUUUGAGGAUCGUGAUAGCGCCGUCGAAGCUAUGCGUGGCCUUAAUGGCAAGGAGGUCGGCGCCUCGAAUAUUGAGGUCUCACUCGCCAAACCACCAUCGGACAAAAAGAAAAAGGAGGAAAUUCUGCGCGCACGCGAACGACGCAUGAUGCAAAUGAUGCAGGCGCGUCCAGGAAUCGUUGGAUUUGAAACAUUGUCUCCAUACAGAAACCUGUCGCCGACACAUCCCAGCAUGAUGUCCAUAACGCCCAUGCGCCUACCAGGGGCGCGUAUGCCGCCGCUGCGCACACCGAUGCCCCGUGAAUACGACUACGAUUAUGAUUAUUUUGGCUAUUCGGAAUUUCGUCCCGGUUUUGGUGCUGAUUCGUACUAUGAUGAUGUCUAUCGCGCCUAUGAAGGCGAAUACAGCUAUUAUGAUUAUCCGAAUACCGCCAGCGGCAAUGGAGCUGCCGGCGGCGUUGGCAGCGCUGCUGUAGCCAUGUCUAACAAUUCGGGGGGCGGCGCCGUCUCCCUAAACGCCUCGCAGCGUCCAAGAUCCCAGCAAGGUGGCUCGGCCAAUUCGCCUGUGAUUAUGGGGGCUGGCCGUGGGCAUGGAAUCACAGUCCCGCGUGGCCGAGCCGUUGGCCAACGUGGCAGCAUCAGUCGUCUGGGGGCCCAACCAGCGCCACAGGCGGCGCCAGCGGUGGCGGCGGUGGGACAGGCGGCGGCGGCUCAUCGGGGGGCGGCCACCGUUCAGGGGGCUCCGGCAGCAACCGGGGGGGUCCGUGGGGUGGCACCAAUGCGUCCCAGCGCUCCUGGCACCCAGCACGUCAAGCCGCUACAAAAUUUACCAGUAGUCGGUAAACGUAAGUUCGAUGGAGGUCACCAAAAUCCGGCAGAUGUUAAGCGACGUUACCAGAGCGGUUUAAUAGGAAAUGGCGGCAGUUGGGGCAGUUUACCGCUACCACAGCAACCCUUAGGCACAAAUGGUGAACAGUGGUAUAUGGAUACGUUUUCGGCAUGGAGUUAAAAAAAAAUCACACACACAAAUAACAGCAGCUACAGUUAAUAAAUGAAAAACCACACGCGGAAUUUAGAAGGCACACCAACAAUAACAAACAGCUACAGCAUAAAUACACAUGCAUGCAUAUAUAUAUGUAUAUGUAUCUGUGUGUGUGUGUAUAUAUAUGUAUCUUUUUAUCUUUUCCAACUCUACAACGAGCGUGGCUGAAACUUGAAAAAGCAAUAAAUCCUAUAUAACAAAAACAUAAUUAUAUUUAGCAAUUGGGCUUUAUGUAACCCUUUAA